AUGGCUUCCGCGGAUUCCCGGCGGAUGGGAGACACCGGCGGUGCCGGGGGCACCUUCCAACCCUACCUAGACUCCUUGAGGCAGGAGCUGCAGCAGAGGGACCCAACGUUGUUGUCAGUACUGGUGUCGCUCCUCGUAGUUCUGCUGACUCUGGUGCUCUGGAAGUUCAUCUGGAGCAGAAAGAGCAGUCAGAGAGCUGUUCUCCUUGUUGGUCUUUGUGAUUCCGGGAAGACAUUGCUGUUUGUCAGGUUGUUAACAGGCCAUUACAGAGACACUCAGACUUCCAUUACUGACAGCUCUGCUGUAAACAGAGUCAACAAUAACAGGGGCAACAGCUUGACCUUGAUUGACCUCCCUGGACAKGAGAGCUUAAGGCUUCAGUUCUUGGAGCGGUUUAAGUCUUCAGCCAGGGCUGUUCUUUUUUUUUUGGACUGCGCAGCAUUCCAGCCAGAGGUGAAGGAUGUGGCCGAGUUUCUGUAUCAAGUCCUCAUUGAUAGUAUGAGUCUGAAGAACACGCCAUCAUUCUUGAUAGCCUGCAACAAGCAAGAUAUUGCAAUGGCAAAAUCAGCAAAAUUAAUUCAGCAACAGCUUGAGAAAGAACUCAACACCUUAYGAGUUCCGCGUUCUGCUGCCCCCAGCACGCUGGAUAAUUCCAGCACCAUCCCUGUUCAGCUGGGAAAGAAAGGCAAAGAGUUUGAAUUCUCACAGUUGCCCCUCAAAGUGGAGUUCCUUGAGUGCAGUGCCAAGGGCGGAAGAGAAGACACUGGCUCUGCUGACAUSCAGGACUUGGAGAAAUGGCUGGGGAAAAUCGCCUGA